AUCUUCACGGGUUCUUACCGUUCAGAAGCGUACAUGUUCAUAAUACGUCAUAGUUCAAAACACAUUUUGUUCAAAUAAUUGACAGGACCAUUACUCGAACGUCUAUCUAGAAACAUGACAACAGCGUUCAUCUCGGCUCACACAGUGGGACCUGUGCCUGUGCGUAAGUUUCCGUAGUCCUCAACACUACUUCCGGUUUUGACGACGCAUAUUUCUCAACACGGCGAUCGCUGUAGUAAAAUGAGUUGGGAUGUGGCAGGAAUGUGUCCUUCCAGGGCUGUCUGCAGUAUUUGUUUUCUGUCUGUUUUCCUACCUUCUGUCUCCACUGUGAAAAAAAUAUGACAUGGGUACGAUGUGUGGAGACAGACUAGACAUGGAUGUAGCAGGACUUGAGAACUUGGAGAUCACCAACAACGUCGCUGUUGAAAGCGGACGUAACUGUGACUUCACCGUCUUGGCACCUGCAGGCAAGAUGAUGAUGGCGACCUUCACCUUCGUCGAAUUUACCCCGGGCAUUUUCUGUGAGAGUGCCGGUUACGUGACGCUAAAUGGUGAGAGAUGCAGGACGCGGUUUCCUGUUCCCAACGUCCCCCGCCUUUUCCCACGGGUCGACCUCUCCAUCGCUUUCAGGCCAGGUGGAAACAGGGAUGGACCACGCUUCAGUCUCCUCCUCACUGCAUACAGUAAUGCUCCCUGUCUCCCCGAGGACUUCACCUGCUCCAACAACGUGUGUAUAUCUCGCCGUCUCCUUGGCAACGGGUUGGACAAUUGUGGUGAUGGGACCCUUCAGGCCGACGAUGAGUCUGAAGCACCUGUGCCCAUAUGGGUGCUGGCAGUGUUCGUUGUCAUGGCGAUCUUAACCGUUAUUAUCGUCAUAGUGUGCGUUAUUCGUUGGCGGAAGAAAAAGCGGGAUGACGUAUCAACUGUCCACGUCAUUAGUUUUACUAAUGAAAACUUCCGUACUUCACAGGCCCUAGCCGACACCUAAUCUGUUGUAUUCUAUAUAUAAGGGUAUAUAAUUGAAGAACGAGGUAGGAAAAGGACCUUCAAAUCCACCCAACAUCGUUAAAUGGCAAAUUUUAAUGUAGUGUUAAACGUUGAAACAUCGUAUUGGGAUGAAUAUUAUUAAAAUUUUAUAUCUA